AUGAAAUUCACGAACCCAGCCUCGAUCCUACUUGCCUUUCCUCUUAUAGCAUUGGCCGAUGUCGAAUUCACAAGCCCCGAGCCGGGUGCGACGGUCCAUGGAGGGGAUGUCCUGACGGCUCUCUGGAAGGACUCUGGAGAGCCACCCAGGAUCCUCGAGCUAACGGACUAUGAUCUUUUCCUCUGUGCCGGGGGAUCCUCAGUCGAGUACUCGGAGGACAUUGCACUUCUCAUAGACAACGGGUCCUUUGAAAGAGGCAAUUCAGUUUCCUUUCAGGUCAAGCCAGACGUUGGCGCCAUCUACCCAAACGCAUAUUUUCUCAAAAUGGUCUCCAGAAGUGUCAAUACAACAGUGAUAAACUACUCGCAGAGAUUCUCUCUAUCCGGAAUGACAGGAACGUUUUCUGAGAGAGUUCAAACCGGCCUGUCAAUGCUCCCAAACGUCACUGGCGAUCAUAACGAAUUGAAGAAAAGGCAAUUUGCCGCAGCUGCAGCCGCACCAGCAGCAGCUCUAUACAAUGUGCCCUACCCACUGCAGUCGACCGGCCUGACCAAAUAUGCUCCGAUGGCCCAGCAUCCUGGAACAACGAUUACGGCCAAGAGUGCGCCUCCGAGGUUUCCUACCAGCCCUUAUACCGUGGCUCAGACGCAUCUCCCAAUACCUACAUGGCAGACGACGUUGACGGCUCCACAGACGUUUUCCACUACAAGCAUUGAAAACCCGGCUACUCCUGCACCACAUCCGACGGAUGAUAUGAACAAUUAUCUCAAGAGAUGGGCGGACGGUGCGUAA